AAAGACUAGGUGCCCUGCAUCCGGUAGCCGCGGUGCAUUGUGGUAAGAAGCGUCGUGGGGAGUUUGUGCUUCGCGCCUGAGCCGAGCGGAACGAGUCGCCAUGUCUCAUACAAUUCUGCUUGUUCAGCCUACCAAACGGCCUGAAGGCAGGACUUACGCAGAUUAUGAAUCUGUAAAUGAAUGUAUGGAAGGAGUCUGUAAAAUGUAUGAAGAACACCUGAAGAGAAUGAAUCCUAAUAGCCCUUCCAUUACAUAUGAUAUUAGCCAGUUAUUUGAUUUCAUCGAUGAUUUGGCUGACCUUAGCUGCCUUGUCUAUCGUGCUGAUACUCAGACAUACCAGCCGUACAAAGAUUGGAUAAAGGAGAAGAUCUAUGUUCUUCUCCGCAGACAAGCUCAGCAAGCAAGCAAAUAAUGGGGCACUGAGGGAGGGUGUGAACAUCAGGUGUGUACAGCAUUCUGUAGUGAAAGUCUUGUAGUCCACUGUUCAUUCUUUAUAAACCUAUGACUAGGACUGAGUCAGUUAGAACUGUAAGAGACUUGUUCAAUUCCAGAAGAAAACGUCUUUUACAGAAGUUUAAUUUUUAAUUUUUCACGUUUCUUAGUUUAUUUUGUUCAAGGUCCUAAAGAUUAUUCACAUCUCCUUUGCCACCGUUGCUAUAUGUACUCCUCAGAGAAGGGGAGAUCGUAGUAUUACUUGGAGGCAGUGAAAAAUCAUAGUGAAAAAUAAAAUAAUGCUCUUUAGUUAAAUAUAUUGAGUGGUGAUUUAUAAGCUGGGUAUUCUUAAGAAAA